GUAGCCAAUCCCAGUGCGGGGAGGCGGGAUUUGUCGGAGUGUAGAUGGGUAGCAAUAACUGGCGUGCUAGAAGAAGCGAGCUCAAAUAUCACACAAGAUCAUUACCUGAUUUUGCAGCAUUUUAAUAUUUUCACAACGAGCUCUUGGUGGAGGGGACAAUGUUGAGGACCAUGUCAGUGAUCCUAAACCUUAGAUCAAGAUUCUGACUGAUCCGAAAGCUGGAAGGUGCAUCUCCUUUUCUUCAAGGAAGUCCUGUAGUCAGUCACACUACCCAUCUUUUACACGCAACUCACAAAUCAUGCAGACGGACCCAGUGCUGGUGGAGUCGUUGGUGGUGUUCUCCAUCGUCCUGUGUGUGCAUGUGGCCGUGUGGAACCAACUGUCAUGGUGCUGCAUCGCUUUGGCUGUCCAGGCCUUCUACGUCCAGCACAAAUGGGAUCGCCUCCUACGAACAGGAGCAGCGGUCUUCCAGUUCCGGCCUUCAGCCAAUAGCGGCGUCUUGCCAGCCAGCAUGCUGCUCCCAUUGCUCGGGCUCACUUUGCGGGGUCGCUGCGUCGCUGUGGGGAAUGUCCAUUUUGAGCGUUUCGCAAUGGUGAUCACAGUGACGGGGAUGAUGUUGGCGCUGUUUUUGUCGCUCAUCGCACUGGGAGUUACGCGACCGGUGCCCAGCAACACCUGUGUGAUUACGGGAAUUGCUGCCAGCGCCAUCCUCUACACAGUCAAACAGACUCUGCUGGUUUCGGAGGUGAUUGAGGUGCUGGAGGUGCUGCUGAUCUUUGUCUACCUAAGUCUGAUCCUCCUCUAUCUCCUUCCUCGCUGCUUCACACCUGGAGAAGCCCUGCUCAUCCUGGGUGGCCUCAGCUUCAUGAUCAACCAGCUGAUCAAGCGCUCAUUGAGUGCCAGUGCCAAUACCAACACAGACCCCCUUCAUUUCUUCCUCCCUGUAGCCGUGGCGGGACUGGUCUUGCUUGGCCUUGUCUUUGCCCUCCUCUUUCUCUUUAUGGAGUCCGAAACAUGGGCAGCAUCUGCCUUCUUCCAUGUCAUGACAGCCGUACUUGGCUUGGGCUUGCUUGUUCCUUGGUUGUCCCUCCUCACUGGACAUCACCCUGUCAUCUGGGUUUUAGAAUUCCUCACUCAUAACAGUGCCCGUCUCUGGUUGUUGGCAUACUGGACAUUCCUGGUUUUGACUGCAGUGAUUGUGGUAGUGCGUCAGAACACCUGGCGCUCAGAAGGCACCAAGAAGUACCAAGCCUCCACGGCUGUAAGAAAGUACUUCCACCUCCUUAUUGUGUUAACCUUCGCCCCCGGGUUGGCACUCGAUCGCCCUCUACUGCACCUGGCAGCUGUUGUAUGUCUAGCAUUGUUCAUUUUCCUGGAAUUGGUGCGAAUUUUCCGGAUUCGCCCACUGGGCUCAGUGUUGCGCAGGUCUCUGGCUCUCUUUCUGGAUGAUAGGGACUCGGGGCCACUUAUCUUCACACAUAUCUACCUGCUUUUGGGAAUUUCGAUACCUGUGUGGAUCUCGCAAGCUCCAUGCAUGUCAAAAGCAGGAGUGGCAGGCGCUGGGGGAUUGGCACCCUACGCUGGUGUCUUGGCUGUAGGGGUCGGAGACACUGUGGCAUCUAUUUUUGGAAGCACAGCAGGUGAGAUCCGCUGGCCGGGCACCAAAAAGACUUUCGAGGGCACGGCGACCUCCGUGUUUGCACAGAUCAUCGCCGUGGCCAUAUUCCUGAUAGCGGAUGCCAGUGUAAACUUAAACGCCAGCUACUCGUGGGUGGUGGGCUCCAUCGCUAUGGUAGCCAUGCUGGAGGCGUACACAUCACAGAUUGAUAAUCUUCUCUUGCCACUGUAUUUAUAUGUCCUACUGAUGUUAUGAGCAUGCACAAAUACACAUACACACAAUUCUAUACAUUACAUUGUACAUAAAUAUUCUUAGAUAUAAAACUCUACACAAAUAGAGUACAGGGUCCAAAGGUUUGCACCCCCUAUCAAGAACUGUUUUUAUCUUCUAACUUAUUCUUAUGAAAGAAUUUCUCAUUUGUUUUUAACUGAGUUUUUAGUAGUAAAAAUAUUUAUUUUAAUCAAAUGAAAUCUGAAAGCGGAUAAUGAACAACAUACUGUGGUCCAUCAGUGAAACACUGCAUUAGGAGCUUAAAUGUGUGUUCAUUUGCCACAACACAACAAUUUGAGAACAAGGAAAUGGUUUAUAAAUGUGAUAUUCUGGCCAAUAUAAAACAAAUCACAAAUAUCAGUACUGAAAUUAUCAGUACUAAAAAAUAUCAAAAAUAUCAUCAGUAUCAUUUUAAACCAGCAAAAAAUGAAGCGAAUGUCAUUAGUUUUUCUUUAAACAGCCCUGACAUGAUUCUAUAUCUGAUAUGAUUCUCAAAUUCAAACAUAGAGAAAUCCACCAAGUCCUAAAAACAGUCCACUCAAUAAUGUUCAAAUAAUGUUAUUUUCCUUUAAAACAGAUAAAUAACAUGAACUCACAAAACCCAAAUCAAAAACCAUGUUCACAUGCAGAAAAUACACUAAGAAAGUGAUCUAACACUGAAUCACGACUACAAGAAUGAAUCCAAAGAGCUGUGAAUUGUGGGUAAUGGACAUUAUCGGUAUUGUAGAUUUGCUUAACUGAUGCAUGACACACAAUUAUUAUUUAUUAUUAUUUAUAUCUCCGUUUUUCUUCCUAAUGAAUUAAAAGUUGAAGUUUGCGCUUUCUGGUUUCUCUGUAACAUGACAAGCUGUUUUGUUGUUUUUUUUUUUUUUUUUUUUUUUUUUUUGGGUCUUAUUAACUUUAAGAGACAGGAAAAAUAGAGGUUUAUAGCUUCUAUAACAUAAAUGAUAAUGAACUUGUCUCGUGGAUGUUCCAUAACAUUAAAUGUAGCUAUAAAAGGUUAAAAAGCAUGAUGUAUCAUUAAUAAAUUUUUCAAAAUUGUAAUUAUUAGCAAACUUCUGUGAUGUAAGUGGAAUAAAACACUUCCAAAAUCCACUUCGCAUCAGGGUUGUACCCCACCACCCUGGCGUGGAUUAUUUCCCUAUAACAGCAUGGCCAGUCAUGUGCUAUUCUUUACUGAUUGUCUGGCCUUCAGUCAGUGGUACACUAUAUUUCUAUUUCACAACAGGAUUUUUGAUUCCAAAAUAACAGUUCUUGUCAGAAGUUUCAGACUUUUGGACCUCUCUAUAGACACAUGUACUAAUGUGCAGAUGUACAAUGUUAAGAGUAAAUACAUGUAUGCACAGCUUGGUAUGUUGAAAUGUUCUGGGGGGGGAAAAUCUGAUAAAAUAUUGGAGGAAAAAUGACAUAAAUUCAUAUCUCCCUACCACAAUGUUAUUUAUGAGUGGAAAAACACAGCAGAUGUAGUACACAGGUUAAUAGUGUUCUUACAUACUGAAUUAUUUAUUCUAAAUGCACAGAAAGGCACGGGUAUGGUAUUAAGCAUGCUAGAAAUGUCAGAAGUGAUCUUGCAGUUCAGGUUUCAUAUCCUUAAUACAAUAUUCUCUUUGGUUUACCAGUUUCUCCAAAAAUGUUUUUCUAGCGAAAGAGUGUAUAUUUAGGGAAAUAAGAAUAUUAGGAGUGUCCUGGGGUUCAGAUAAGCUUGUACGUUUGUGUGAUUUGAGUUAUUACACAUUCAGUUCUGUCAGAUCAGCAAAUAAUUUCUGUUCAGGAAACAAAGCCACUAAAGAUUAAGUUUGAGUUUAGGAGAAUCUGUUAAACAGACUGUAACACUUGUAAUCUGAUUGUGAAUGAUGUUUAUGAUCCUUUAAAUAUCACCACACACACAAACACAGUACAGUCCUUAACACGCAUGAAUGCAAAAAGUCUUUAUUUUUAAAUUAUUCUUAAUUUCAGUUUUCUGUAAGCAGAAGUAUGCAUCGAUUUAGCCUAUGAAGAACAUGACUGGGGUUUUUUUGUUGUUGUUGUAUUCUGUAUUCUUGCGUAAUAUCUGUGGUUAGGGUUCACAAUGCAAAACGAAUGAGUGAAGGACAUUUUGUACUGACAUUACUGAAAGCAAUCAGGUGUGUGUGUGCGCAUGUGUGUGAGGUCCUCAUGUAGGAGGCUGUAAACACUCAUUCUUUGGUGUUAAUCUGCAUUUUGUUCCACUUUUUAAGGCACCUUGAUCGAUUUCUCAUCUUUAUUUCCAUUUAUAACUGACUGCAGAACAUAAGAGCAAAAAUUACCCAGAAGACACUGGGAAGUGAGGCAAUUUACCUGUUACCAAAAAAAAAAGGAGGGGUUUGUAAAGCUGUUUGUAAUAUACAGGAGCCAUAAAACACUUUAUAC